UCAGCUGUAUUAUGGGGAAGAGAAAGGAGGAAAGACAAGAACUGAGGCCAUGGAGAAUGACGCAGAUGAUCCUCUGCCGGUUUCGCCCCCAUUGAUUUUGUCAUCAAAACGUAGCUGCUGUCUUUAUGUCUGAAGGAAACCGAAGCCAACCCCCCUCCUCACACACAGAUAAACACACACACAGAUGUGUAUUGGCUUUGCUUUGUCAGCCCACAGAGAGAUCUGCUCGGAUCUGUUCCGAACUUCGGACUUCGUGCCGGCACUUGAACUUUAUUUUACACUCUCGGCUUCUUUAUCGCUUCCUCUCUUUUCUUUGGCUCUGUUUGAGGAAGGACCGGUGAGCUCCUUCUUCUUGCACUUGUCUCCCUGCAGUGCGGUCCACACCAUCGACUAAAGAGCAACACAAUGACAUUAAAAUCCAAUAAAAACGAGCCUGCAGCGGUGUUGGAGAGGGUGAACAGCGCGCGCACGGCCCUGUCAGACCUGUACCUGGAGCAGCUGCUGCAAAACAAGCCCAAGACUGACCAGGCAGCCAUGCAGACAUUUGAAGCAAAGGAGCAGGAUACGGUAUACGCUAACGGCAGCGCCGGACACAUGAACGGCAAAGAAGUGACUAAGAUGCGCGAAGUGGCCUUCAAGAAGCAUCCGUCAGAACCACUGGGUGUGACCCUCAAACUAAACGAGAAACAGAAGUGUAUGGUGGCGAGAAUAUUACACGGAGGGAUGAUCCACAGGCAAGGUUCCUUACACGAAGGAGAUGAAAUCGCUGAGAUUAACGGUAAAAGUGUUGCGAAUCAGAGUGUGGACCAACUGCAGAAGAUUCUGAAAGAUACAGACGGCACCGUCACUUUAAAAAUCAUCCCCAAUCAGCAGAGUCGCUCCAUGGUCUGUGAGAUGUACAUGAGAGCUCAGUUCGACUACGAUCCCGCCAAGGACGAGCUCAUCCCGUGCAAAGAGGCUGGCCUUAAAUUUAAAACCGGUGACAUUAUCCAGAUCAUCAACAAGAAGGAUCCAAACUGGUGGCAGGGCAGACUGGACAAUUCAGGCAAAGACUUUGCAGGACUCAUACCGUCCCCGGAACUUCAGGAAUGGCGUGCCGCUAGCAAAAGUAAGAGCAGUGCUGAGGCCAGUCAGUCGUGUAGUCCUUUCGGCAAAAAGAAGAAAUGCAAAGACAAGUACCUGGCAAAACACAGUUCUAUCUUCGAUCAGCUUGAUGUCAUUUCUUAUGAAGAGGUUGUGAAGCUUCCUGCAUUCAACCGCAAAACCCUGGUACUCAUCGGUGCGCCUGGUGUGGGAAGGAGCCAUAUAAAAAGUUCGCUGCUCAGCAAAUACCCAGAAAAGUUCGCCUACCCUGCACCUCACACAACCAGACCUCAGAGGAAGGAUGAAGAAAACGGACAGGAAUAUUAUUUCAUCUCCAAUGACGAGAUGACCAAGUGCAUUGUGGGGAACGAGUUCCUGGAGUACGGAAGCUUUCAGGGCAGCAUGUUCGGCACCAAGAUCGAAACCAUCCAGAAGAUUCACGAGCAAGAUAAGAUCGCGCUGCUGGAUGUAGAGCCUCAGACACUGAAACUCCUCAGAACAGCCGAGUUCGCGCCCCUGGUCAUGUUCAUCGCACCAACCAACUCAGGCAACCAGUCAGAAACACUGCAAGCCAUCCAGAAGGAAUCGGACACCAUCUUCAGCAUCUACCGCCAUUUCUUCGACGUGAUCCUGGUCAACAACGACGUGGAUGAGAGUGUGAAAGGUGUGGAAGAAGCUUUGGAGAGAGCCUCCUCCAGCCCACAGUGGGUUCCUGUGUCCUGGGUCUACUGAUCCUGAUCAGAUCCCUCAACUAAUUCCUCCUUCAGGAUCCUCCUUCCUGUCCAAUCAAAAAAAAAAAAAAAAAAAGAUCCCUCGCUAUAAAUCAGGUGCAAGACCAAGUCUGGAGAUGAAGCUCAAGUUCUCUCAGUCAGUCACGUGCUAGCUGCUGGGUAAAAUGUGAUUUAAACAGUCUGUUUUAUAAAGCAAUAAGUUUUAUUAGAUUUUUUCCUUUUCCCUUGAAUCAGAUAAGAGUUCUAAAAAAAAAUACUGACGCUAAACAUCAGGUCGGUGGUGUAGGAUUAAACGAUGCAAAAAAAAGGACCACUACUGUGAUCAACACCACUCUGUCCGAGCGUCAACGUGGUUCAGUGUUCUGUUGUGUUAGUGUAAUAAAAACACAGAAACCCAAGUUUACAGCUGCUGUACUAAAAAUAAAACCAAACAGGGAAGUGAUAUGUCAGUGUCUGUCGUUCUGGAUGUAGCUCACGAAUAAGUGUUGCACUUUUCUGAAAAUUAACUGAAUAAAAAAUAUCCAACUCUGGCAA